AUGGAGGAACCUCAACAAGGACAACUUCCAGCUGGAGGAAGGGGAAGAGGAAGAGAAGGAGGAGGAAGGAGAGGAAGAGGAAGAGGAGGAGGGGUGCGGAUGCGUGGUGGUGGAGUAGGGGGAAGAGGGCGAGGAGUGCGUAGGCAUCACACUGUCCCCGAUGAAAUUCGAGCCACCAUUAUUGACCAUGUAGUCAAUCAUGGCCUAACCAUGGCAGAGGCAGGGCGCCGAGUGCAGCCUAACAUGCCACGCUCUACAGUCUCCUCCAUCAUACAACCCUUUCGCAGGGAAAACAGAAUUGGGCAACAGCCUCCUUUGGGCGGUAGAAGGAGAUUGCUCACAGAUCCCCAGGAACAAGCCAUCUGCAACAUGGUUAUACAAAACAAUGCCAUCACACUCACACAGAUCCGCAAUGCAGUCCUUCAAGACGAAUCCAUCUUCCACAAUAUCAACUCCAUUAGCAUCUCAACCAUAGACCGGGUACUGAAGAGAAAUCAUAUGACCAUGAAACAAAUAUACAGGGUACCAUUCGACAGGAACACAGAGAGGGUGAAAGAACUGCGGUACCAGUAUGUGCAGAGAAUAAUGGCAUUGGAGGGGAUUGAAACACCUCAUCUCCUGGUGUUUGUAGAUGAGGCUGGUUUCAAUCUGGCCAAGAGCCGCAGGCGCGGACGUAACAUCAUUGGCCAGCGGGCCACAGUGGACGUCCCGGGUCAAAGAGGGGGAAAUAUUACAAUGUGUGCGGCCAUUUCUGACAAUGGUGUGGCCACACGUAUUGCAAGCCUGGGCCCAUACAACACUCAGAGGCUCCUCCUCUACCUGGACCAUCUGUAUAUGGAUUUAGUCCCCGAAAAUGAAAGGGGUCUCGAAGCACCCCACCUACCACAGUUUGUCAUUGUGUGGGACAAUGUGAGCUUUCACCGUGGCCCACUCAUCAGAGCAUGGUUCAACAGCCAUCCAAGGAUGCGUAAUGUGUUUUUACCACCAUAUUCGCCGUUUCUCAAUCCUAUUGAAGAGUUUUUCUCUGCUUGGAGAUGGAGAGUUUAUGAACGCCACAUUGGGGAUCAGAGGUCUCUCCUCAAUGCGAUGGAUGCUGCCUGUGAAGACAUCACAGGCGAUCAGUGUCGGGGUUGGCUAAGACAUUCACGCCGCUUCUUCCCAUGCUGCAUCGCAAGGGAGAACAUCCGGUGCGAUGUAGAUGAAAAUCUGUGGCCAAACAGCAGCGGAUGGAUGGCCAGGAGGAUGAGGAUGGUGACCAGGAGAGGGUGGGGGAAGACGGCAACAGCGACUAGUCCAAGUGUUUCAUUUCUGGAACUUUAUUGCUUUUUUGGUUCAUGUUUAUAUUUUGCCAUACAGCCUUUCAGCGCGAGGACGCAUGAUAUCACAUGCAGAAGGUCAAUGAAUAUUUUCCUUUUACCUAUAUUCUCUUCCAAACUCAUUGAUGAACAUCUGAACCCUUAUGACCUUUCACCCUGCAUGCACACCAAGCAGUCAAGCUCCUUUUUCUUGGAUAAACCUGAUGUGAGCCAUGCCAAAGUAUUUUUACCUGUCGACAUAUCUCAGUGA